CGACACAGAGCGAUUUACUUAAUUCAUGUGUAAUGUUUUCAGUGGGCAUAAAUGAGAAUGCCAAUUCAGGCACCACAGUGGACUGAAUUUCUUUCUUGUCCUGUAUGCUGCCAUGACUUUGAUGUGGCUAUUCGUGGACCCAUAUCUUUAGGAUGUGGACACACGAUAUGCCGCACCUGCUUGGCCAAUCUCCAUCGAAAACAGUGCCCUUUUGAUCAGAGCACCAUAAACACAGAUAUUGAAAAGUUACCAGUAAAUGAAGCAUUAUUGCAGCUUGUGGGAAACUCAGUGCCAAGUAACAAUGCAGUUGCAAAGACAUUUCAAUCAUACUUAUCUCCUGAAGACUUUAACAACUAUCUGGUGGCCAAGAGUUGUAUUGAGGAACUUGCUCUCUACCUCAAACCAUGUCAAGCCACAAUUAAUAAUACAGCUGGUAUUGGAUUAGUAUCUAGACCUAUGCAAAGGAAAUUAGUAACUCUAGUAGGAUGUCAGCUUAUGGAACCAGAAGGAAGAGCAAGAGCUGUGAGGGCGGCAAGGAGUCUCGGAGAAAGAUCGGUGACAGAAUUGAUUUUGCAACACCAAAAUCCUCAACAACUCAGUGCCAAUCUUUGGGCUGCUGUAAGAGCCAGAGGCUGUCAGUUUCUUGGACCUGGGAUGCAAGAAGAAGUUUUAAAACUUGUUCUGCUUGCACUUGAAGAUGGUUCGGCUUUAUCUCGGAAAGUAUUAGUAAUGUUUGUAGUACAACGCCUAGAACCUCAUUUUCCUCAAGCCUCUAAAACGAGUAUUGGACACGUUGUGCAACUCCUCUACAGAGCUAGUUGUUUCAAGGUAUCAAAACGUGAAGGUGAUUCGUCUUUGAUGCAGCUUAAGGAAGAGUUUCGGACAUACGAAGCGUUGCGCCGUGAACACGAUGCACAGAUCGUCCAGAUAGCCACUGAAGCGGGUCUUCGUAUUGCACCAGACCAGUGGUCAGCACUACUUUAUGGUGACACCAGUCACAAAUCGCACAUGCAAAGUAUCAUCGAUAAGCUGCAGACACCUCAAUCGUUUGCCCAAAGUGUCCAAGAACUCGUCAUUGCCUUGCAGCGCACUCCAGAUCCUGGACAUCUUAGCAGUUUGCGACUACACCUCGAGCUACUUGCUUCUAUUGACCCCAGUCCAGAAUCAGAACCACCAAAGUGGGCUGAAUGUCGCGCAGCACUCGAAUCUAUUAAGAUCGUCGUGAGUGCUUUAGUUGAGUUUAUACAGCAUCAUGGCAAUCGUAAAUCUCAAGAUGGUGCCUUCAACACGGGCCAGUCCAAGUAUAAAGUGAGCAUGUGUCGUGACUUGGCGCUUCGCGGCUCCUGCCCUCGUGCGACAAGCUGCACCUUUGCUCACAGCGAUCACGAACUCGACCUUUAUCGAUCGAAAAACCGGAAACUUGCGGUGCGACCAAAUUUGGGUGUAAACGUCGAUUCAAAGAAUGAGAAGACCCUUAUUGUGUCGCCUAAUAGUGCAAACAAGAGUUUCAAGCAAUGCAAGGACAUGACUAAUCACUACAACAAAAAUCAUGACAAGCAUCCGCACAGAGACAACGUCAACCAUUUUAGCAAAAACAACUCGGCAUCGCAACCAAUGCUAAACAACGAGAAUAACUUGAUUGGUACCCUUGCGAAUUACGUGAUGCCGGGAACGCAGAAUGUUACUCGUAUUAUUCCCCAAAAAGAGUUGCAAUGCGGCCCAUACAUCAUGCCUGCUGGUACUGCAACUUUCGACUACAACCUUGCGAAUCUCCAUCUCUGGGAUCCAGGGCAGAUUACUCCAGCUAUGCAAAAUGGUUUUCCAAAUAAUAUAAACAACAACAACAACAACAAUAAUAACAACAACAACAACAACAAUAAUAACAAAAAACAAAGGACUGCAGCCAAGACUCUUGCAGCUCUGCUACAGCGAAGGCUCGAAAUCAUCAAUCAGCUGGAAAACAUUGUCAGUAAACAAACCCCCCCUCCAAUGAAAGCGAACUAUUACGAAAUUCAAAAUGAUUCUUUGUAUCCAAACUACUCAAUUUGGACGAAUGCUCCUGCAAAUCAGUCGACUUCAACUGCAAAUAUCAAUUUCACGAACAAUUUCAUUUGUGGUGAUUCUAUACUGUUUGAUGAUGAGUUUAUACCUUUUGAUGCAUCGUCGGCAAAUAAAUACGGUCCCAUAUCACGAUUGUCAAAAACGAUUUUAGGCAGACCAACGAACGGUGUACAGCAAAAUGUUCUUUACAAUGAUGGAAUCGCUAAUUCGUUUUCUACUCUCCGACCCGUACCUACAUCUAGUCCUGUUGCUACUCGAUUUUAUAAUCAACCUUACCCUACAAACGGAGGAAUCCAACAGAUCCUAAACUCAAAUUUUAACGACUCUUACAUUACUCUCAGUCGCAAUGUAGCAGAUACAGCCUCUCAAAUGCAAAUUUCCCGACAAGAUCAUACACCUAAAGACUUUAUCAUUGAAUCCCAAAAAGUUAAGCAACAGUUGAAGAACUUGGAAAAAAAAAUCAAUGAUUUAAAGCUAGCUACUCAAGAAGCGUCUUUUAACGAAGGUGAGAGAUUGGCGCAAGAAUUACAGAUGAUCGAGGCAGGGAUCAGAGAAAAAGAAAAAGAUGUGUGCAAUUGGAGUCCAUACAGCAACACGGCUUGGAUUCAACCUUCUGCUAACCUGAUGUCUAAUCCAAAUACGAAUAAGGAUUUCAAACCUCAAGACGAGGAUUCGUAUGAAACCGAUAUCGCGAACGACAUGCGGGAAUUUGAGUUACGAUGGGAGUCAGAGUUGCAGGAACAGGAGAAACAUUGGUCUCGUGAGGAUGAGGUCAAUAAGUGUUGAAAUAAUCCAUCAUUUCACUGUGAAACCACUUGCUAACCCUUAAGCGAGUCUAAGUCAACCAUAAUGCUGUUGUAAUCUGUGUUGCUAUUAUUAUUUUCGGCAAAAUUUUUUAAUUAUUCUCUAAGGGUGGGCUUAAGAAGUUUUAAACAUCUUUUAGGUCAAAUUUUUUUAUCAACUUCGUUUGUACAUAAUGUUGAAAAAUCCCGUAGAAUUUUUACAUAAUGCUAUGCAUAUAAGUUUUGAUUUGCUUCAAUUCUCUAUUUGAUUUCUUUUCAAAAAAUGUCUCCAUGUCGCUUUUACAUUGGAGUAUGAAUUUUGUGAAGUUUCAAUGCAACCUCAAUGAGGUUAAAUAAUAAUAAUUUCCGGAAAUUCGUACUUGCAAGCCUCGAUUCGAGAUAAAACUCUGUGGUAGAUGUGGCAAUCAGGAAUUUUGAUAAUUAUUACGUUCUCAAAAGAAUACUUAUCUAUAGUCAUUCAAAAAGUGAUAGUUUAUAUAGUUCGAACAAGGAAUUCAGAUGCUUUACUAAAAAACUAAAAUGUGCACGAGAAUGGUAUAAAAAAAUAUGUAAGAUUUGUUAAAAUUUAA